AUGACCAGUAGUAGUGCACACCCCACUGAGCUCUGCUCUGGGUAUUCUGAAUCCAGAUCACCGCCAUUUACUGUUAUCGGGCAGGAAAGUGAGGAAACCGAAGAUCGCAAAACGAAUUUGAAGUUGUUGUUUUUUCAGAAGCAAAAACGGGAAUAUCGUGAUGAGAAGAAGCGAGUCAUGCGAGAAUUGCUCACAACUUUGCAUGGUCCUACAAUUGUCGUUAUGGCGGACUGGCUCAAAUUUCGUGGAACUUUAAGGAAAUGGAACCGUUAUUUUUGCAUAUUAAAACCUGGUUUACUUCUCGUUUAUAAGAGUAACAAAGUAAACAAGCAAGGCUACUGGAUUGGUACAGUAUUGUUAAACAACUGUGAGCUAAUUGAGAGACCAUCAAAAAAAGAUGGAUUUUGUUUCAAACUUUUUCAUCCAAUGGACCAAAGUAUUUGGGCUACUCGUGGGCCGCUGGGUGAAAGUCACGGAGCUGUAACAAUUCAACCUUUACCUACCACUUAUUUAAUUUGUCGAGCACCAUCUGAGCAGGUAGGCAGCUGCUGGAUGGAUGCUUUACAACUUUCUCUUCGGUGCAGUGGUCUGUUAAUGCGAACUAUGUACAAAGCAAGUUUUUAUUUGUAUGAGCAGCAAGAAUUUAGUGAAAGUUCGUAUAGUAAUGUUGCUGACAGGUUUUUGGAAUUCAGUGAAAUCGAGGCCGAAAAGCAUUUUGAUGGAUUGAAUGAUAAUAUUGGUCAUGCGGCAUCUGAUACUGAUACGGGAACAAUUGAAUAUGAAAGAGAAAGCACGUACAUUCCAUCAGAUCCAGAGCAGUUUGGUCCUACAGUUCAAACUGAAGAUCUUGUUGAAGAAAAUAAAAGCCUUGUAUGGAAUUUACUGAAGCAAAUAAGGCCGGGAAUGGAUCUUUCCAAAGUUACAUUGCCGACGUUUAUUUUGGAGCCGCGUUCAUUCCUAGAGAAACUUGCAGAUUUUUAUUACCAUUCAUAUAUCAUCGCAGAAGCAGCUGUUGAAAAUGAUCCACUGCAAAGAAUGAAGACUAUAAUAAAGUUUUAUUUGAGUGGAUUUUACAAGAAACCUAAAGGUUUGAAAAAGCCGUACAAUCCUAUUCUAGGUGAAACAUUUCGAUGUAAAUGGGAGCACCCUGAUAAUUCAACAUCUUAUUAUAUUGCAGAACAGGUCUCUCAUCAUCCACCAGUUUCGGCUCUUUUUCUUACAAAUCGGAAAGCAGGUUUCAAUGUAGCUGGUACUGUGCUAGCGAAGAGCAAAUAUUACGGAAACAGUUUAUCAGCCAUGAUGAUCGGUGAUGUUCGAAUAACUUUGCUACAACUGGAAGAAACUUAUAGUGCUACUUUACCAUAUGCCAAUUGUAAAGGUUUAAUGAUUGGCUCACUGUCAAUGGAGUAUGGUGGUCAGGUGAGAAUAGAAUGUAAUCGAACAAAUUAUGUUUGUGAACUUAAUUUUAAAUUAAAGCCUUUCAUCGGAGGGAUGGUAAAUUCUAUUUUCGGUGAUAUUAGGUACGGAAAAGAAUCAGUAGCCCAUAUUGAAGGAACAUGGGACGGCGAAAUCUUCAUUGUUGAGAAGGAUGUAAAAACACUUCUAUGGGCACCGACACCUGCCGAAAUAGCAAAACGACUUAAACGUUACGAAAUUCCUUUGACGGAGCAGAGUAAAUGGGAAUCCAAGAAGCUGUGGUCAAAAGUGACUGACGCGAUCAUUCUAGAUGAUCAGAAGGCUGCAACAGCAGAAAAAAGCAAAUUAGAAGAUGAACAACGUGCUCGUGCAAAAUUAAGUGCACACUACAAACCUCGCUGGUUUAAACAAGAUCCGUUGUUAAAAAAUUACGAAUAUAUAUAUGCCGAUUACCAACCGUGGGAUGAAAAUGAUGAUAUUCGUCAAGUUGAGCAUGAAUAUGUCAUACGAACGAAAACUAAACAUGGCACUAAAGAACGGUCUGCAUCGCCUUCAAGCUCUACUUCAGUGCAGCAAGAGCAAUCUGAUGAUUCCGAUUCGCUGAGAAGUAAACGACAACGCUUGAAAAAAGGAUCACUCAGUUCACAGGACUGUGCUCGCUUACAACAAAUACAGGAAACUUUGGAUCGUUCAGUACAUUUUUUGCAACGUUUGGAAGAACGCAUAGAAAAUAGAACUGCUGUUGCCGUAACACAACAACAACUGAUCAUUAUCAUAGUUUUUUUUUCAUUUUUCCAAGUUAUUAUUUUGCCUCUUCUUUUCGGGUCAUAUAAAGCUCUAUAA